AUGUCUAUCGGCACCAAGACCGAGAUCUCGGCCUCCAAUUUUGAGACAGACGUUGAGUCAGUCCGUACCGAAUCCAGCUUUCGCCUCUAUCGCCUGAUCGACAGUGCCAGGCUGGGCCUCACAGUCCUUGCUCUUGCGGCUGGCCUGACAAUCCUCGGGCUGUCGGCAGAUACCAUUGCUGUCUACCAUGCCACCUACGUCCCAGAGGAUUGGUUCCUGCAACUAUGGCCCUCCGACUUUGACAUGGGUCCCAGCAUCGCUCUGGUAGUAGGCGGCGCCCUGGUUGUUGUAGCCAAUCUUGUUUCGCUGAUCGCUGGCAAGAUUCCGACUGCCCGCGGAAAUGCUGCUAUUAGAGCUGUCUUCAAAUUUACACCCCCAGCUAUCGCGUUGAUCGCUGCCAUCAUUUCCAUGUCCUUCUUUUAUGGAGUCAAUGCAUCAACCACCAACGAUUCUCUACAGAGCUGGACUUGUCGCUGGAAGGAUGUGACCAUGACCGUGCAGCCUCAUUUCGGCACGCUGUGCAAGCAGAGCAAGGCCAGCGUUGGGCUUGCUGUCAUGUUAGUGCCCGUAGAGGUUAUCAUCCUAGGGUUGGCGGCAUAUCAAUUCGUUCUGGAGAAACGCUUCAGCAUGACCUCGCAUGGGUCUGGGCGUAAAGCGGGAAGCCCUGCCUUGUCCUGA